CCGGCCUAUGGCAAGCAAGAGUCAGACGCAGCUGGGUCCCAGAGUGUACAUACUCACCAACAGUAGCUCUGCACACUACUCUCACCAUGUCCCCGGCUGUUCCCUCGAUUCGUUGAACAGACUGAUACCGGUUGGUGAGAAAGCAUGGACCUUGCCACCUCGCCGAACUCCAACGCCGCCGCAUCGCCGCCCACCUACCGCAUCCAUCUGGCGCUCUACGACAACAGCGGACCAGACGGCGAACGCAUCUCCGGAACGGCUGCUCCGCCACUGUCCUGCCUCCCUGACGACUGGCGCGAAGCACUGGCCGAGCUGCGCCAGUCGGGCACGUACCUCGUCCCUCCAUCAUCCCCGUUCCCGCCGGCCUCGCCGUCGGUGUCGCGGCAAGCCACGCUGAAGAUCUUUGGCCUCUUGCCUCACGUGCGACAGCAGCGUCGCAGAGAUCGUGGCGGCCAGCUUUCAGACCUUCCGCGUCGAGUUCCACCGGCGGCGGCACACGCGGAUAGCUCUCAGCGCCCGCAGCCUCCCAUCGACCAGCGCUUCGGGCCGAUUGCGAUCGACUGGGCAGACCAUCUGACGCAAUCGCUCCCUGUAGAAAUGUCAGACUUGCAACUUCACAGCGGUGGCGCAUCUUGUUCAUCAACUAGCAAAAAGAGAAAUGGCGCUCGCACCGCCGCCUCUGCGCCAAUCGCGCAGCAGCCGGCACAAGCUUCCACCUCGUCUUCAGCGCCUCGAGCACCGCCGGCGUCUGAUGCAGGAGCUGCAUCCUAUACACACCCCUAUCCGAGGCCGCGCGCUGCGUCCAAAAAUCCAGCUCCAUCCACACAGGCACAGCCAGAGACGCCCACCCCCGUAGCACGGUUCCAUCAGAAAAGCACCUUCUCGACCAGGGACGAUGAGGAUGGUGAUCGGAGCGCCUUGCGCAAUCGAGUGGGAAAUUUCAAGACGGGCAGCACGGAUGUGGCAUUUGGGGUGGUGCAUCUUUUCCGGGACCGCGAGGAGGCUAUGCUUGAGCCGCAGCAUGAAAGCAGAGCGCAGGACGGCGAGACUUCUGCGAGCGCCGAGUCAUCUCAGACGCUGGAGGAUAGCGAACUGGGAACAGUGCUGGCCGUACUUGCUAUGCCCUCCGCCAUGACCGCUGCCGACUUCCUUGCCUUCGUCGAACCCGCCGCCGACGCAAUCAGCCACUUGCGGAUGAUCCGGGAAACGCUGCCGAACCGUGCGAUGAUCUUGCUCAAGUUCCGUGAUGCAAGCGACGCAGAAGAGUUCCACAAGCUCUUCAACGGUCAGCCAUUCAAUGCCAUGCAUCCAGACCAGAUCUGCCAAGUUGUCUACGUCACGAGCGUCACCGUCUCGUCCUCCUCCUCGCUCCCGUCACACGCGUUCUCCAACCUCACCAACUCUGACCCGUGGCCUGUCGUUAUGCCCCCCUCCCAAUCAUCGACGACAGCACAAAGCGGCCGUGGCAGCGCAACCACAUCGGACGCCUUGGCCAAGGGCCUCCUGCAGGAGCUGCCCACGUGCCCCGUAUGCCUGGAGCGCAUGGACGCAAGCGUGACGGGCCUAAUGACCAUCACGUGUCAGCACACCUUCCACUGCUCUUGUCUGAGCAAAUGGACCGACAGCAGGUGUCCCGUCUGUCGGUACUCGCAAACCAGGCAAGCCUACGGACACAUUUUGGCGCGCAGACCUGGCGAGGAAGAUGAUGAGUCUGCACCGAUGCCGAGUGCUUGCACCGUCUGUGCUACCACGACGGACCUUUGGGUCUGCCUCAUUUGCGCUUCGGUCGGAUGCGGAAGGUACAAGUCUGGCCAUGCACAUCAGCACUACAUAGAGACGGGGCAUCUGUACAGUCUCGAGCUCGAGACGCAACGCGUGUGGGACUAUGCAGGUGACGGCUAUGUCCAUCGGCUGAUCCAGAAUAAGACGGACGGCAAACUGGUUGAGCUACCAUCCGCAUCGUCGACUGGUAAUACGCCCUCAGGCAAAGGCAGCUAUAGCCAAGCAAUAUCGGGGGAGAUGGUCUCGUCCGACAAGAUUGAGUCCAUCGGCCUCGAGUACAGCUACCUCUUGACUUCGCAGCUCGAGUCGCAGCGCUUUUACUAUGAGGACAAGAUCCACGGCCUGCAGAGCAAGCUGGAUGACAUGGUCGAGCGCGACGAGGCGCUCACAUCUCGUGUGAGCAAGGCGGACGCGGCGCUUGCACAGCUGCGUGAGGAAGUGCACCGCACGACGUCGCUGUGCUCCACGCUCGAGGCGGACAGACUCAAAUCGGAGAACCGGGCAGGGAAGGCGGUCGAGCAGGCGCGCAAGCUGCAGCGCGACCUGCAGGCUGAGCAGAGUAUCAGCCAAGGCCUGCAGAAACAUGUCGAGAUCCUCAAGGAGGAAGGCUCGGCAAUGAAGAGUAAAGUAGUGGAUCUGGAGGAGCAGAUGCGCGAUCUCAUGUUCUUUGUCUCAGCCAGGGAGAAGGUCCAGGGCUCCGAAGAGCUCGUAGGAGGGGAUGUCGCGAUCGGGCCUCCGGCAAAGGGGAAGAAGAAAAAGGGCGGGAAAUAAUCAGAUGGACCUGUGCUCGGCGUAUGUAUUCUCCUUCAUUUGUAGCAUAGGUAUUCUAGAGCGGUGCUGAC